AUGGUUUCGCUCAAGCUCCAGAAGAGGCUCGCCGCGAGCGUGCUCAAGUGUGGUCGCGGCAAGGUCUGGCUCGACCCCAAUGAAGUCAGCGACAUCUCCAUGGCCAAUUCUCGCCAAAACAUACGGAAGUUGGUCAAGGAUGGUUUCAUCAUCAGGAAGCCAACCAAGAUCCACUCUCGAUCUCGUGCACGCCGCAUGAAGGAGGCUAAGAGGAAGGGGCGUCACUCUGGUCAUGGUAAGCGUAAGGGUACAAGGGAGGCAAGGCUUCCUACCAAGAUCCUGUGGAUGCGGAGGAUGCGUGUGCUCAGGCGUUUGCUUCGCAAGUACAGGGAAUCAAAGAAGAUUGACAAACACAUGUACCAUGACAUGUACAUGAAGGUUAAGGGUAAUGUUUUUAAGAAUAAAAGAGUCCUCAUGGAGAGUAUCCACAAGUCAAAGGCUGAGAAGGCGAGAGAGAAGACUCUGUCUGAUCAGUUUGAGGCUAAGCGGGCAAAGAACAAGGCUAGCAGGGAAAGGAAACAUGCUAGGAGGGAGGAACGCUUGGCUCAGGGACCUGGAGAGAGAGCACCGCCAGCUGCUGAGCCAGCUGCUGUUGCCCCAUCUCAACCGACACAGGGAUCUAAGAAAUCCAAGAAGUGA